AUGUCGUCUACUUUUCGUCAACUCUACUUAUUUGAUUGUGAUGGUGGUCGCAGCAGCCUUUUUUCUGAACCUCAAUUAGAUCAACUUCCAAAUAACUGUGAACUGUAUUUAUUUUGGAAUAAUAUCGAUGAAGUUAUCACCAAGAAAUUACAACAACUGGCAAAAUAUCAUAAUGUUCAUCUUGCACCCAGUCAUUUAAAGAAUUGUAAGAACUCAGCGGAUGGAAAGUUAAUUUAUUUUCUUGGUAAAUUAGCAAAUGAAUUUAGUAGCAUUACAAUAGUUGGCGGUGGUGAUUGCGUCUAUGAAGAAGUUAUUGAAGCUGUAAAAUAUGAUUAUCCUAAAAAGGAGAUCACACUACAGAAAAUUGAACAUCCAGAUAGCGUUAAAUUAGAAAUAUUAUUAGGUGGUUCUCGAAGUAAUAUUAAAAAUUAUUCGGAUGAAAAUGAUCAAAAAUUAGUUGAUGGAAUGUUACAAAAUAAACCCAAUAUAAUUACUCGUUCUAUUCAUAUGGUAUUAAAUCAAAAAUAUCAAUGUCCUGAAUGUAUAAAUAGCAAACGUCAAUUUACUCCGGAUGGACUUCGUGCACAUCUUUUAGGAGCAAAAAAACAUCUAACGUCUGUCACAGAUGUGUCAAAAGUCCCUGUAAAUGUUCAGGAAAGUAAAAUGUUUUGUCCGAAGGGAAAAAUGAAAUUAAUUCUUCCGUCAACAGGAGGAGUAUUUGAAAGUUCAAAGAAAGGUAAAAAAUGUCCACUAUGUCCAACACAAAAACAAAAAUACAAAACAAUAUUAUUGUAUAAACAUUUGCAAGAAAAACAUUCAAACAAUAAAAACCUUCAAAUUCGAUGUUGCAGCGAAGAGAUUAUCUACAAAGAUCUAAAUGAAUUCUUUCAACAUAUUUUACAUGAUCCAUUCGACAUGACAUAUAAAAUAUACGCUUAA